UCUGGAAACAUGAAGAUAUUGGCAUUAUUGGUGGUGGUGGGAUUGGGACAGUUGGACGCCUCCAGUGAUACCCUUAAGAGCAUAACUGCUGGCUUCUUUAAGGUGUUAGAUGAUUGUAAGCACGAGCUGAACCUUGGAGAGAAUGUCCUGAUGGAACUCUACCACUUCUGGAAGGAAGACCACGCGCUGCUGAGCCGUGAUAUCGGCUGUGCGGUGGUCUGCAUGAGCAAGAAGCUCAACCUGCUGGAUGAGUCCGGGAAACUACAUCAUGGGAACGCCCAGGAGUUUGCGGUUAAACAUGGCGCUGACCAGACCAUGGCCCAGAAGCUGAUCACCGUCGUCCACGAGUGCGAAGGCCAGCACCAGGGUAUAGACGACGAGUGUCUCAGGGCGCUGGAGGUGGCGAAGUGCUUCCGCAGCGGCAUGCGCCAGCUCAACUGGGCGCCUAAGCUGGAUGUCAUCGUGACUGAGAUACUCACUGAAUUGUGAUUAAAGAUUUUCAUUUGCCUUUGUUUUUUUUGUCUCUUUUUAUUAUAGAGGGUUUGUUUGAAUUGUGAUCAUGUCAUAGGAAAAUACAGGAAUAGUGCAGUUA